CAUCAACGAGCUCAUACAGGAAAGAAACCAUAUUCAUGCUCAGUAUGUGGGAAAUGUUUUACUGACAAAUCACAUCUUCUUAGACAUCAAAUAACUCACACAGGAGAGAAGCCAUUUUCAUGUUCAGAAUGUAGAAAGUGUUUUACUGACAAAUCAAGUCUUCGUAGACAUCAAAGAACUCACACAGGGGAAUUUUCAUGUUUAAAAUGUGGGAAAUGUUUUACUCGGAAAUCAACUUUUCUUCAGCAUCAAAGAAUUCACACAGGGGAUAAUCCAUAUUCAUGCUCAGAAUGCGGGAAAUGUUUUAUUAAGAAAUCACAUCUUGUUCAACAUAAAAGAACUCACACAGGGGAGAAGCCAUUUUCAUGUUCAGUAUGUGGAAAAUGUUUUAAUGACAAAUCAAUUCUUGUUCAACAUCAAAGAACUCACACAGGGGAAAAGCCAUUUUCAUGUUCAGAAUGUGGGAAAUGUUUUACUUCGAAAUCAGGUGUUACUCGACAUGAAAGAACUCACACAGCGGAGAAACUAUUUUCAUGUUCAGAAUGUGAGAAAUGUUUUACUAAUGAAUCAGGUCUUGUUGUACAUCAAAGAACUCACACAGGGGUGAAGCCAUUUUCAUGUUCAGAAUGUGAGAAAUGUUUUACUAAUGAAUCAGGUCUUGUUGUACAUCAAAGAACUCACACAGGGGUGAAGCCAUUUUCAUGUUCAGAAUGUGGAAAAUGUUUUCCUGGGAAAAAAAAUCUUGUUCAACAUCAAAGCACUCACAGGACGGACAAGCUAUUUUCAUGUUCAGAAUGUGAGAAAAGUUUUACUAAUAAAACAGGUCUUGUUACUGAAAAUAGUUCUUGGUGUCGGCACCGCAGUGGGUGCAGCUAUAAGGCAGGUGGAUAUAGGAUCAUCCGCACUCAGCACAUUCUUCACACAAAAGUGCCAAACGUUCAGAAUUUGUCCAUAAGUUCUCAGGAUACACCAGUAAUUGAAUAA